AUGGAUCGACACCUUGGACCCCAUUUCAAAGUCCCAGCUGCAUCAUUCCUCGUCUUCAACUUGUUAGGAACAACCAUCUCAAUCUUUCUCAUUGACCAUUUCCUCCUCCCCACGUGGCAAAUUCUCACCCGCAGAUCUAUGACACCCCUCCAACGUAUCGGAAUUGGCCACGUCAUCAAUAUCCUUGCCUUUGUAGGGUCGGCUCUGAUUGAAACUAGACGGCUCCAUGUGAUCCGAGCCCAUAAACUCGGAGGCCAACCCGGCAUGAUUGUGCCCAUGUCGGCCCUAUGGCUUGCGCUGCCACUCGUCAUUGUAGGCGUUGGGGAGGGAUUUUAUGUCCCAGGAUCAGUAUUGUAUUAUCAAGAAUUUCCCGAAUCUUUGAAAAGUACAUCCACGGCUAUAGUAUCUUUCCUACUUGGAAUUGGGCUUUAUCUAAGCACGGCGACUAUGGAUCUGAUAGAUAGAACCACUGGAUGGUUACCGGAUAAUAUUAAUGAUGGGAGAUUGGAUUAUGUGUAUUGGGUAUUGGUGGCGUUGACGGUGGUGAAUUUUGGCUACUUUCUAAUAUGUGCCAAGUUGUUCAAGUACAAAGGUGAGGAGGACCAUGAUCAUGGGCCUUCUGGGCUGGCCCACUGA